AAUAAGAAAUUCACGCAAUUAAAAUAGAAUUCUCUCACAAACUCAUUUCUUCUCAUAGGAUUUCUCAAACCUAAUUUAAUCGCUGCUCUUUGAAAUUACAGUUUCUCCAAUGGUUAAGUUCAAAGGAAAAAACUCACUUAAAAAUCAGAUAAAAGAGAAACGACCCACGGAUUUGAUGGGCCCGGCGCAUCUCUUACUCCCAGUUAAAAGGGAUUGGCUUCGGUUUGUAAUAUCUCCCUUACGGUUUCAAAUACAAGCAUCUUGCUGGAGUAUCCAGGUAUCUGCCGUUACAGAGGCGCUCUACAAUAUUAAGAAUCCAAGGAAGAAAAUCAGCUUGUCCCCACAAUGGUUAUUACACAGAGUUAUUAAACCAAACGCAAAGAGUCUUGCUAUAACGAAUUAUAAUCAAGUAACUAGGAUCUUACGAAGCGAGGGAAUAUGCUUGGAGAGGAAUUGCAAAUUUCUUGGUUUUUUGCCUAAGAAAUACAAACCUAAGGCGAAAAAUCCCUUCUUCAUAAUUGAAGAUGCCAUUGAACGAAAAAGUGUAGAUGAGCAUGAGGUGUUGCUGUGGUUAGACCAAGGCCCCGUGUUGGGAGUUCUUCCUGUUUCUGAUGAGCUGCAGAAUCUUAGAGAUGGGGAGGUAUAUGAAGGAAGUACGGCUAAACCAGGUGAUAAACAUACUCUACUAAUCUACGGGUAUGAGACAGUUAAGGGCGUAAAUGUCUGGAAAGUUCGGAGUUCUUGGGGUAUCGGCUGGAGCACAAAGGGCUGUGGAUACGUAAUUAGGCAAUCAAGCCAGGCUGGUUCUACUAGAAGCUUAUUUGAGAGUAUUUGGAAGCCUGAGGUAAUAGUUUGCACUUUGCAUUAUUACUAUCUGUUACUGGCGUUUUGCGUUUGUAACAACAAGCGUGUGAAAUGCGGGCGUGCCAGGAAGCGGAUUCCAAAAUGUAACUUAACUUCUUAAACGAGCGAUUGGGGUUUGGUUAACCUUAUAACAAGUACUCCAAUCAAGUAAUGCUAAAACAAAGAAUCCAAUUGUAAAUGUGUUUACUAAUUGAAUGAAAUGAAAAUACAAGUGUUUGAGUAGAAAUUGCAAAAGUUCAAUCGUAAAGUUCUUUACUGAUUGAAGAAAACUGAGAAUGCUAAGUGUUGAGUGUUUUUGCCUUUGGGCUGGUUUUUGUUGGAUUUGAUCGGGGGCUGCAAAUUGGCUGCUCUUCUCUUAUUUAUAGCUUUUUCCUUUGAAAAUUACUGCUUCAUGUUUCAACUGCACACGUUCUUCCCCACUUUCAAAAACUGUCAAUCGUGUUUUGUUUCUGCUGCACGUGCUUUUUAACUUCUUUUCUUCUGGAAUGGACUUCUUGGGCUUAUGGGCCAUUUAAAUUAAUAUUUAAUGGCCAUCUCAAUUUUGGGCUUAAUCUUCUGCAACCGGGCUUGGACUUUUUGAAUUAGAGUAGUCAACCUCUAGAAAUCAACCUUUAGAAACCAACCUUUAGAAAUCAACUUCUGUCAACAUUAGUCAACCUCUAGAAAUCAACCUUUAGAAACCAACCUUUAGAAAUCAACUUCUGACAACAUUAGUCAACCUCUAGAAAUCAACCUUUAGAAACCAACCUUUAGAAAUCAACUUCUGAAAUCAACAUUAGUCAACCUCUAGAAAUUAAUCUAAGCCAAUCAUUAAUAAUACCUCUUUUAUCUUUUGAAAAGAAUAGGGGCUUUAUGGCCUUUAAGCCAUAUUUUUAAUUUUGGUGCAAACAAUGCCCCCUAUAUAAUUGGCUUUUUAGAAAUAAAGCCAUUUAUAUGUAUUUCUUUUAACCAAAAUUUAAAAUUUUAGCUUUCACAAUGGUUAGGCCUAAGGUUUUAUUUUCUGAAAUUGAUAAAAAUUUAUGGAAAGGUGAAAAUUAUCUAGAAAACAUGGUCUCAAAUGUUUCAAAAGUGUGUGAAAAGGUUUUAGAAGAUCAAAAAAUUUCAAAUUCAUCUUCUCCAAAAAGUUUAAAACAAAACCCUAAUUCAAAAAUUAAACCCAAUUCUUCUCCUAAUCCAAAAUUUGAUAGACCCCAAAAUAUGUCAAAUCUUGAAGUUGAGAAGGAGAAACCGCCGGCCACCACGCUGCCAGCAGUCGGCAGCUCCUCGCCCUCGCCGACCAGCUCCACAAGUCCAGCAGCUGGGAGUUCUCUUCACGCCGGCGGUAGUAGCAGCGGAUCUUCCCUUCUCUACAACGGCGGCGAUAAAAUCAUCACGGCAGCAGCUCCACCAAGAUUCACCGCAAGAACAAGCUUCUCAAGAUCUUCGGCCAUGUUCUAAUUUUCAGGCGGGACAGCAGCUGUCUUACCUUUCAGACCCACGGCAACAGCAGCAACAGCGAAACUUCUUGGCAGGGGAGUCUUCAGUGAGCAGCUUGUAAUUUCUGCAUGGAAUGGCAGACUCCAGCAGCUAUUCUGAGCAGCAGCUCGGUAGGGAGCUAUGUGGACAGGGGCACUUCCUGCACUCAACUAGAAACAAGUCUCUUCGAACAACUUGUGUUCAACAUUGAAGGAUAAGAAGAUGGCAUUGUCGACUCCUGAGAUCCUGUGUUUUUCAAAUUUCAACCUUUGCAUGUUGCCAUCCAAGAAGAACAUCAUGUCAUUAAUUUAUAGGCUGUUUGCCCAGAGUUUGUGAAAGUGAAAGCGGAGUCUGCUUGCCGAUAAAAAUGAGAUAAGCUGGAGCUGUAGCAUCUCUUUUCAAAUUUCCCUCCAUCUCACUUGUUGCACAUUGCUCAGAACUCCUCCACCAACUUUGACAUUAUUCAGCAGUAUUUGUAUAUCGAACUAAUUAAAUAGUUGAUAGUUGUAAUACUUUAGUAUCUUAAAAAGUUGUUGGAUGAUGUUCCUUCUAUUUAUCUCAGACAUUUUUCUUACA